AGACAUCCUGCUUGACUGAAUUUUCUGGUCUUCACACCAUGGACAAUGGAUAUUUGAGGCUGCUGGCAGGACUCUCCAUGAUGGUGUUACUCUCCCUGGGACCUGCAGCUCAGACCAACACGGCCUGCGCCCCGUGGUGCCCUGUGAACUCCGUAUGCGUCAAUGCCACCGCCUGCCGCUGCCUUCCGGGAUUCCAGUCCCAGUCUGAGUUCAUCACCAGCAGCAGUGAAACUUGUGAUGACAUCAAUGAGUGUAUCCCACCCUCGCAAGUCUCAUGUGGAGAAAACUCCAACUGUGUCAACACUGAGGGGAGCUACCACUGCCAGUGCGUCCCAGGAUACCAACAAGACGUGAACAAGACGUGUGCCG